UAAUGAAGCUGAUGCCGUAAGGAAAGCAGGGCCUGAUGCUGGAGAUAAUGAAGCUGAUGCUGUCAGGAAGGCAGGGCCUGACACUGGAGAUAAUGAAGCUGUGGAAGGCAGGGGAGGGCUGUCCGGUGCUGGUGCACGGCUCAGAGGGCACCGACACCACUCUGCUUCUUACCACCCUGGCCCAGCUCAUCCUCGACCCUCGGUGCCGCACCCUACCUGGCUUCCUGGCCCUGCUGGAGAGGGAGUGGGUGCUGGCUGGACACCCUUUCCAGCAGCGCUAUGCCCAUUCGGCUUACUCGCACACCCGGCCCAGGCAGGAGGCCCCCGUCUUCCUGCUGCUACUCGACUGCGUGUGGCAGCUUCAGCGCCAGUUCCCGCUGGCCAUGGCCUUCAGUGAGCCGCUGCUGCUUCAUCUGGCCCAGGAAGUCUACGCUUCCAACUUCGGCACCUUCCUCUGCAACAGCGACGCUGAGAGGUGCUGUCAGGCAGUAAAGGAGAAGACGCACUGCCUGUUCCAGUUCCUGCUGAGGCCUGAGGAGAGGGAGCACUUUGCUAACCCCCUGUACCAGCCCACGGAGCUGGCCAUCUGGCCGUCUGUGUACCCAGCGUGUAUACAGCUGUGGCAUGGUAGGCGGCAGUGGCAGAUUAACAAGCUCACGGGCCCCUUUUUCUGCCCCACUACGCAAAACCAUAGAAUUAACUAUAAGGCUAUUAAAUAUUAGUAACUAUAGAAUUAUUUCUACAAAGUCAAAGAGAAUGUGAUGGUGCAUCAAAGGAGAGCUAUCACAUCAGAAGACAAACCAGCAAGCUUAAACUUUCACCUUAGUCAUAUGCAGCAACCAGAAAGAGCAUAACAGAGAUGUCACUGAAUAAACACAUCUCAGUAGUGGCAACUUUAAAACAUUACACUCUCAUCCAGUGCGUGUCAACUGCAUCCACAAUGUGUGCUAAACAGGCAUUUACCAUAGUGGAGAGGCAAAUUGCACAGCAAAGUUUGUCUUUGGCUAAUUCAAUUCAAUUUUAUUUAUAUAGCGCAUUAUCACAACAUUACAUUGUCUCAAU